CCCCGGUGUUUGCAUAGCAGCGCACGGUUCGGUUGGAUGUUAGGUCGUUCGCUGACCGAAGGAAUGUCGCCAGUUCUGCAUCUCCUGUGGGCUCUCAUGGUCCAUUUACCAGGUAUCCUAGCGGUCCCAGUCCUCAAUCAGACCCUAGUAUCCGGUCCUGUCUCCGCGGGACAAACUGCCCGCUUAGAGUGCCGGAUGCAGAACGGAAACGUUGGAAGUUACGUAUUUGAGUGGGACCGACAUCGUCCCGGGAAGAGACCGGAGGGAGUGAUAAAGCAUUGGGCGAAUAAUAUCAUUCGCAGAGGACCCGGCAUCACCGAACGUUUCCAACCGUCCAGAGACACCUUCACGAACAGUCACAUCCUGACCAUCGGCAAAUUGGAGCCCGGAGACUCGGCCGUCUAUUACUGCAGAGUGUGGGAAAGUGGCGUGGCUUGGUUCUAUGGACCGGGGACGAUCCUGGAGAUAAAGAGUAGCGAGAGCAGAAAGCCCUCGGUUCUCCUGCUCCCUCCGUCCUCGGAGGAGACCGGUUCGGGUUCUGCCACCCUAUCCUGCCUCGUGAGCGGCUUUAAGCCUGGAUUGGUCGCGCUGCGCUGGAGCGUAGAUGGCGUCGAGACAGAGAGUGGCGUGACGACAGGCGCCGUGUCCCUGGACACCGACCAGACCUACAGACUGAGCAGUUACCUGCGGGUUCCCGUCGCUGCCUGGAACAUGGGCUCGAACUAUUCCUGCAGCGUGAGUCACAGCUCGCUGAGCUCGCCGCUGCGCAAAACCAUCUCUUCAUCCGCCUGUGCGCAGUGAGAGUGUGCCUGCUGGGUGCGCACCAAUGCAGUGAAACCUGCACUAGCGCUGUCUAGCUGCCGUCUGCAAUGUAAUUCUGUAACAAAUAUCCGUUUCUGGGAACUAAGAAAAUGCUUAAUAAAUUUAGAGAUGAAUGUUUUGAUCGCCCAUCGCCCAAUGUUUGCGACGUGUAAUCCAAUGUAGAAUGUACCUCACACUGCUGUGUCUGAACUUUUGCUGUUUGCAAAAUGGGGAGAGAACC